UGCCCUAAACGUGGGGUGGUUAGAAAAGUUUGUGCUGCAACAGUUGAAACCCGUGUCCCUAGACCGUCCCUGUCUAUAUGAUCUCCACUGGCUGCCACUCCCCUCUGCUGUAUGGAUGCCCUCUUGCCCGUGUAACACCCCUACCCUACUCCCUACGGUUUGCCCAGCAACCAUUUUCCCUAAUCACUUCCUUUCUGCAUGGUAGACCUCCAGCCCAUGCGGUGCCCUUUACCUCCUUUCUAUUAUUGUGUUUUUUGAGCCUUUCCAAAUGUGGCCAGUUUGACCUCAUUGCUGGAUUUUGAGUAUUUUAAUCUGCAGACCUGCAUCUGGCAGGGUUACAGGGUUGUGCGGGCGUGUUUGUUCACAAUGGUCGACUGAAACGCAAUAGUUGUGCACCGCUCUGGUGCUAUCCUGCACCAGCUCCCCCCACUUAUAAUACCAUACAACAGUUUUGUGCUUAGCAUCUCCAUUAAUCUGUUUCUUGAUACUGCUUUCCUUCUCGACUCAGCAACGGUGAGAGCCCAAUGUCCUUGGUUACAAACAUGACCUUUUCCGUGUUCUCCAGCACGAAGUGGUCGCGAGGCCGGGGAGAGUUCAUUGGUGGCCGAGAAGUGAGCAGUUUUAAAACAUGUAGGGGGAAAGAAGUUAUGUCUGCAGCCGAUUUGCACGACCCUGUGCGACGUUCCCUUGAAGGGACGGAUAACAGCUCCCAGAUCAUUCAAUUGAGAGCCAGUGCAAAUUCAAGGAAUUUAAUCCCCAAACUGACUUCACCGCAAAAGCAGCAUUCUACUGCUAAUGAUAUUGAGAGAUUGCAGAGCACCAUUAGUCAACUCCAGAAUCAAAUGAAACAGUUGCAACCUGGGGAUGGUGACAGUAGUUCUACUGAUCUCAGGUGGAAGCUGAACAGAUUGGAAAAAGAGAAAGUAGAACUAAGUAGCAAAUUUAAUGAAGAGCGUGCAACAUUUGAAAGCCAUGUUACUAGACUGCGAGCACAGCUGGAGAAAGGAGAGGCACUGCGUCAGACCCUGGAGUAUGAGCUAGCUGUGGCCAAGAAGGAAGCCAGUGUUGUAAAAUGUACUUCAGAAGACAGAAUAGAUUCUAUUCAUAAAGUACAUGCACAAUUAAAAGUGCAAAAUUCAGAACUUCAACAGAAAGUGAAGGAAUUGGAAAAAACUCUACAAAUUUGUAAACGAGCAAGGGAAGAUGAUCACCAGAGGUUCCAAACUGAACAAGAGGACAGGGAUAAAAUUAUUCAGACCUGUAAUGCAGAAAACGAGUUCCUUAUUGCUGAGAGGAAUCGAAUUGAUGCUAUCCUGCAGAGCUCCAGUACUACAAACAUGCAUCAGACAUUGGUCUCUGAUGCAAUGUAUUGUAGUUAUUAUUGUUGUCCAAGUGUGAAGAUUGGGGAGUAA